GAAGGGUCCAAAUUUUGUAUGGCAUGUUGAUUCAUACGACAAGUUAAAGCCUUUUGGCAUAUGUAUAAACGGAGCCAUAGAUGGAUUCUCAAGGAUGAUUUUGUGGCUCAAUGCAUACAACACAAACAGUGAUCCCAAAGUUAUUGGUGGAUAUUUUCUCGAGACAGUAAGAGAAACUGGUGGUUGUCCUCGUACUUUAAGAGCAGACAUGGGAACCGAGAACAGCUCUAUCCGAGACAUUCAGCGGUCCUUGCGUCAAAAUGAUCUUGACUUACAAAGUGGUGAAAGAAGUUUCAUCUAUGGGCGAAGCACAAGUAACCAAAGAAUUGAAAGUUGGUGGGGAAUUCUUCGCAAAGAGUGUGUGGAGUUUUGGCUGGAGCAACUCCAUAGCCUCAAAAAUGAAGGUGUUUUCAAUGGGGAAUUCCUAGAUAAAAAUCUUAUCAUCUUCUGCUUUCUUGGUAUCAUACAAACUGAAUUGGAUGCUGUCAAAGAGUCAUGGAAUAGUCACCUUAUUCGUCCGUCACGAAACCAGAGAGUUCCCCAUGGACGCCCUGAAGUCAUGUAUUUAUUACCAGAACUAUACAACACACAGGACUACUUAUGCCAGAUUCCAGAGGAUGAAGUCAACCAUUAUGAAAAUGACUGUGUCCACCGAUCCGACAUCGUUUGUGAUAACGACAUCUUUACACUGUGCACCUCCAUCAUGGCUGAAAAUAAUCUUCAUGUUCCUGGGGACACUUACAUGGCAUUGGACCUCUACCUUUUCCUACGACAAGAACUAACAAAUCGUCUAGACAUUGAAAGAUAAAGUUUGU